CAGCGUGCCAGUCGUGCGACGGCUAGCGCGAGCGAUACACGCGUCGCAAGACGAUAUGCUGUGACAGUUCACACGAUACGCGUGUUUAGUGAUUGUUCGUAAUGGUGACGGGCAUCGGCAGCCCCCAGCAAGGGGUGUCCAACGUGGCUAUGAGCCCUACUGGAAUGCAUGAGCAGAAGAAAACUGGAGAUAAUAGACGAAGUAAUAAACCUAUAAUGGAGAAGCGACGUCGGGCGCGCAUCAACAACUGCUUAAACGAACUGAAAGCACUUACCCUUGACGCGAUGAAAAAAGAUCCGGCUCGCCAUUCUAAACUAGAAAAGGCGGACAUAUUAGAAAUGACAGUAAAAUAUUUGGAGGGUCUUCGUUCUGAAGGUGCUGGUUCACCGGAUAGAUUUAAGGCAGGCUAUAGACACUGCUUAUCCGAAGUCGCUAAAUUUCCUGGUUUAGAUUCGGGAUUGAAAAAACGCCUUGUACGACAUCUCGAAGGAUGUGUGGCUACUUCCGGUACUAGACCAUUUGCGGCGCCGACGCCCCCGUCGGAUACAGAGGAUGCAGUUGUUCCUCCUCAACAUUCUACUAUAUUUAUUUCGGCUGGUCCUGGUUCUGGAGUUCGACUUGUACCAACGAGAUUAUCAAACGGGGACAUUGCUCUCGUUUUGCCAGCUGGAGUAAGUGCGAGUACAAUUGGUGCCGUUCCAACACUCGUACCUCUUUCCCCUCGCGAUGCUUCUUCAUCGUCAUCAGAACCUAGAUGUUACUCCCCAGCCAGCUCCGGCUGGGGAACACCUCCUCCCCCAUCAGAGGAACCAGCUCCCCUCGCCUUGGUCACUAGACGACAACCCCAAGAGGAUAAACCCUGGCGACCUUGGUGACACUCCAUUCCCGGUUUAUUUAUAAUCUGUGAUAUUUGUUUGUAAUUAUAUGAUACAGAUUAUGUAUGAGUGAUAGAUUAUACAAGUUCCUAUAUAUAUAUUUUAGAGAUUAUAUCUAGUUUUACAUUGUUCGCUUGGUCAGUACUUGUUCUGUGUUAUAACACUAGGUUUUAUUAAGCGUUGGUUAAAUUAAUAAGCCAUUUAACUAACAAAUAAUUCUAGUUAUAGUCUUCCUUGUAUAUUAUACUAGAUUAAGAACAAUUGUAAAUUUUAAAUGACAUCUAAGGCAGUAUUUCAUAAAAGGGACGAUUGUCCAAUAUAACUAACAGAAUUAAAUAUAUUUUUUAAUUUCAUUUUAGCAGUUAGUGCCAUUUAAAUGCAUAAUACAUAAUUGUUUUGUACGAUAUUACUAGGGUUUAUUAUUUCUAUUCAUAAAAAUGUUUGUACUGUAGAAAAUAUAAUUCUUUUAAACCUUUGAUUGAAUAAUACAAUAUUAUGUGUUAUCUGUGUUUAAUUAUUAAUGAAAUAAUUUAAUUUAAAAUGAUAGAAUUCUUUGUGCCUUAUACAGCAAAAUCGGAUAGUCUUCCAACUUAUAUUAAGCAUGUGUGAUGCGUGUUAUAUGUAUAUAUGGAACGUUAGAUACGAAUAAAUGAAUAAUAUAACACUUAUAAUUUCAUUAAAUAAACAAAUAUUUCGUUACCAAACUUAUGAUAAUAAUGUCUUCCAUUUUAGUUACCGAUUCAGACAGUUGUACAAAUCAAUUCACAUGACUUUUAAGGACAAUAUCUGACAAUAAUCUUGAAAUUGUAAUUUGCAAAUAUUUAUACGUAAAUAUAAUAUUAUGUUUUGAAUGUAGUUUCCUAUAAUUAAUAAUAAGUUUUUUAAUAUGUAAAUAAGAUUUCUGUGUAAAAACUAAGUUAUAGACAAAAAUGUUAAUGUGAAGUGAUAUUAUUUAAACUUAAGAUAAUUUACCUAAAAGACAUAUGCCAUUUUAUGUACAAAUAAAUAUCAAAACAAUUACAA